UCGGGUUUGGACCCAAAUUUGAAUCCAAUACUGGGUCCGAAAGUUAAUGAUUUUCUGGGUCUGAAUCUUUUAGAAAAGCAGAGGUUUACUGUAAGUUCGAAACUGCUAGACUAGAGCCCCUUUUCAAAACUGGGGAAGCAAGAAACUUUGCCUACUGAAAUAGGCUCUUCUCUGUUUAGCAAGGAAAGGCUGGCUCUUCCAAAAGACAUCAUCAUGGACGACUUGACUGAGAAAACUGUGGAGGUGCCAACCUCUGAAGCUACCCAAGAAGCAGAGCUCACUGAUAUUGACAUUAGUGAUGAGGCAAUUGCAACUCAUGAUUGGGUCUUCGAAGAGCUACUCAGAAGGUACAAAUGUAUCUGAAGAUAUAGAAGCACCAACACUUUUUUGGCAACCUCCUCCGGUAAGACAAGUAAAAGUAAAUGUUGAUGGAGGUUUCAAGCACAACAAUAAGGGGAGUUUUGGAGCGGUGAUUAGAGAUUCAAAUGUUUUGGUUUUGGCAGCUUGUUUUGGCCCUAUUAUUGUAUCUUCAGCCAUCCAAGCAGAAGCAAUCACAAUGAGACAAGGCUUGGAUCUAGUUAGACUUGCAGGUUUCAACAUUUGUGUGGUGGAAUCUGACUGUAGAGAACUUAUAUCAGCUGUCAGUAAAAAAGUUCUCCCCAGACCAAUAGAGAUUUAUUCCCUCCUAAAAGACAUUGAUAUAGUGCUUUGGUCUCUUUGAAUGUUUCAUUCUCCUCUGUUAACAUGAACAGUAAUGGACUGGCUCAUCUCCUAGCGCAGAGAGGCGCACGGGACCGUGGCUUAUUUCUAUUUGAUUGCCCGGAAUGGCUCUCAAUUUUGGCUGGAUCUGAGCCUGCUUAGUCCUCUGUUUCCUGCUUUGUUUUUUUUUUUUUUUCUUUUCGUUUUCUGUUCUGGUUGCAUGUUUAUUGCACUCUGUUUCUGUCUUCUGUUCUGCUAUAUUCAGACUCUGUAUUGUUAUUC